CAAGUACAGACUAAGAAGUAAAAAGGCCAAGAAAAAAAAUUGGAAAUAUAAAAAAGACACAAGAGCAGACAUCAAAUGUGGAAAACAUAUUAGGCCAAAUACUAGAAAGACUAUAAAAAUUAAAGAUUGCCUGGAUUCU